AUGAAGAGCUCAAAGCGGAGAAAACCCUCCAAGAGCCAGGACCUUUCGGAACUCUCUGAGCAUGAGAAGGACAGAAGGGCUAAAAUGGAGAUCAGGAAACUGCAGACACAGUAUCAUCACGCAGCGUGCAAGAGGAAAUUUUACGAUGCCGAGAUCUGGCGGCAAAUCCAGGCUCAGCAAAAAGCAAUAGAUGAUCUGAAUGAAGAACACAGACACGUGUCAUUAAUGCUGAGCCAGAUCUAUUCCCCGAAAAAUGUGAUGCUAGAAAACAGAAAGCGUGUGAAGGUUGAAACCCUUUCUCAGAUCAGAAAUCAUAACGAGGCCCUGAUCAAAGAGAAAAAAGCCCAGGUAGCUGACCUGAGCAAGCAGACAAGAGAGUUUGAAAAACAGACUACAAAGCAAAGAAAGAUAACGGCGAAGGCAUUGGAAGCGAGGAAUUACAAAUGGCUGCUGGAGAAGGUCGAUGGAAUGGAGUUCCGGCUUAACCGAGCCACUGUGCGUUACAACACUAUCCUGACCGGAAACAACAGGCUCCGGGAGGAGACCCGGAGCCUGACAAUCCAGAAAGCCAUUUUUGACAAGUACUACUGGAAGUACGAAAGGCAGCUGACUCAGCAGAAUAGGCAGUUGAACAUUGCUACUGAAAUCGCCAUAGAAGACUACGAGCAUCUGAUGGAGUGUCUCUCGAAGAUCUCGGACAUUAGGGAAGUACGCUACAAACACACCAUCAAGUUCAACAUCAAGAUGCUGGAGCUGAAGUGUGCCCUUCAGCAGGAGUUCAAACGGAAAAAUUUCUUUGUCACCAAAUGUACAGAUCUGUCCGAACUGAAGGAAAAGGCCAAACAGAGAGAAGCUUUGAAGGCCGCUGAGUGGGCCAAGCAGAGACAGACAGAGAGUUAUGAGGUGGCCUACAAGGACCUGCUGGAGAAGUCGGACGGAGAGAUCGACCAGUUCUUGAAUGAGUUCGUGGAAAAGAACAGGAGAUUCUUCAUCCUCUUCGCCUAUGGCAUCAGGCUGAAUGCUGGGAAUGAGGGCAUCAGACAGAGGAUGAAGGACAUUCAGAAUGAUAUGACAGCCACCAUUGUGGACAGGGAAGAGGAGGUGACGGCCCGGUUUCAUGUCAUGCAGGAGAUGGAGGCAAAAAUAACAGAAGCCACUGAGGAAGACAACAUGUAUGAAGCCAAAGGCAAAGAGAGCAGCAAACUCGUGGGACAGCUUCAAUCCCGCAUUGAGUCCCUCUCGAAAGACACUGACUGCGACACCACAAAGAUAGUGAAGCCGCUCGGGAGCAGCUUGCUGCCACUUUUUGGUCCUGUGGAGGAGAAGGCCGAUGAGUUCCUGGUGGUGGAGUCCCUCCUGCGCUACACGUCAGUCGACCGCGCGCACCGGUCGCAGUCCUUCAUCAGCCCCGUGAGUGGAAAUGAGGUGCUCCUCUGGGCACUGGAUCGGGACAAGAUCAGCCCGCCGCCCCCCAGCCUGGACAGCACCGACCCCGGCGCUGCUGAAGAGCCGCUGGACAAGGACCGGCUGCGUCAGAUGAUUGUCAAGAGGCACGAGGAGGAGGCGGCCAAGCCCCCCAGCACGGGCAGGAAGAGGAGGAGAUCCCCAUCAAAGAGCCCAACGCGGGCGAAAGUAAAGAAGCAAUUUCACUCUUGA